UACAAGAUUGUUUUUUCUCUCUCCUAAAACUAAACCAAACCUAAAUAUUUUGUGUUGUCGCGGGAAUCAAAAGCCUCGUCUAAAAUUCUCAGGUUUGAUUCCACUAUCAUCACCAAGAUACCCGACACAGUUUCUGCGACCCUUUCUUCUACUCCAAUUCAAUCCAGAUUCACCACUUCCAACAAUGGAAGAAAAAUUCUCAUUCAAGAAUCUUCAUAGCAGAGAGUAUUCCGGUCACAAGAAAAAGGUGCACUCCGUGGCUUGGAAUUGCAUUGGCACAAAACUUGCUUCUGGUUCUGUUGAUCAAACUGCUCGAAUCUGGCAUAUUGAACCACAUCAUGGCCAUGGUAAGGUCAAAGAUAUUGAAUUGAAGGGUCACACUGAUAGUGUGGAUCAGCUAUGCUGGGAUCCCAAACAUCCUGAUCUUAUUGCAACUGCGUCGGGUGACAAGACUGUUCGUCUCUGGGAUGCUCGUAGUGGAAAAUGCUCACAACAAGCAGAACUUAGCGGGGAGAACAUCAACAUCACUUACAAACCUGAUGGUACUCAUGUAGCAGUAGGUAAUAGGGAUGAUGAAUUAACAAUACUUGAUGUUCGGAAGUUCAAACCAAUUCAUAGGCGCAAGUUCAACUAUGAGGUAAAUGAGAUUGCUUGGAACAUGACUGGCGAGAUGUUUUUUUUAACAACGGGAAAUGGGACCGUGGAAGUAUUGUCUUAUCCAUCUCUUCGACCCCUCGAUACCCUCAUGGCUCAUACAGCUGGUUGUUAUUGCAUUGCAAUUGACCCAACAGGAAGACAUUUCGCUGUUGGAAGUGCUGAUUCCCUUGUCAGCUUAUGGGUUAUCUCGGAGAUGCUUUGUGUGCGUACCUUUACAAAGCUCGAAUGGCCUGUCCGUACGAUUAGUUUCAAUCAUACCGGGGACUUGAUUGCUUCGGCUAGUGAAGAUUUGUUCAUCGAUAUCUCAAAUGUUCAUACCGGAAAAACAGUACAUCAUAUUCCUUGUAGAGCUGCCAUGAAUAGCGUUGAGUGGAAUCCUAAAUACAAUGUACUUGCAUAUGCCGGAGAUGACAAAAACAAGUAUCAGGCCGAUGAAGGUGUUUUUCGAAUUUUUGGUUUUGAAAAUGCUUAGUGUUUACCUUGGUAGUGACAAAUGCAAAAGAUGGACAGAAGAAGACCUCAAGGAAAAAAGAUGAGAUGUCUGAAUAUUGCUAGUUGCAAGGACUGUGAAUUUUGAGUAGAUUAAUUUAAGACAUCAUUGUAUCAGAAUAUCUGCAAAGAAGGAUAUUUCCAGAAAAUAUGAAAUUGGAUGAAUGCAAUAGCAUAUUUAUUUUUGUUUUUAAGAAUUUGGAUGAAGUACAUUUUAGUGUGCUUAAACAUCAAUGGUCAUAUCUUUAAAGAGAA